AUGACUUCCGAUGGGUUAUCGCGUAAGAAGCAGAAGACAGGCAACUACAGUCUCUCCGUCCUGAAAACCUUAGGCCAACAGCUCCUUUCCUCGAGAGCGCACGUCAACAAUCUACCCAUUCUCCUCUCUUUCAUCAGCCCCUCAUCUCCUCCACACUACGCCCUCGAAUCUCUCCUCUCGUUGCAGUCGUUUUUCAUUCCUCUGCUCCCGGAACUCCCUUCGUCUGCUUUCUCCACGAAGUCCAAUGUCUCGAAUCCGGACCCGGAAUUCAUCUACCGCAUGUGGCUCCGCUCCAAGUUCGAUGACCUCGUUCAGUUCCUCAUCAACGUCGCUAUUUCAUCCCAAUCAGAGGAUACUCUUCGUGAGGUUGUUCUGGACACAAUAAUGGAGUUUGUCAAAGUGGGUAAUAGAGGAAAGUUUCAUUCUGCUAUUUAUCACAAGCUUCUUCAUUCCAUCCAUGGAACUUUCUAUUCACAAGAUACAUAA